AAGCCAUGGAUUUCAAAGCAGAUGCAACAAAGGAUUGAUUUUUUAAUAACAAAUGUACAAGAACUAAAUUGGUUUUAAUUAAGUUCUUUUUCUCUUCGUAGCAGGGUGGCGGAGGAGGUAGAGGCAUCACUCUGUUGUUCUGGGAGAGCUAGGUUUGAAUUUGGAUAAGAAUCAUUGAAGAGUAAUACUUUCAAUAAGUAUUGCAAAAUUGAGGAACAUUUAAAAAAACAAAUUGGGAUGAUCUUAUUGAAAACAGUAUCCAUUUCCCCUCAUUUUUCUCAGUUUUUACUUGGAGGAGGGCCUUUUUUUCCGAUUAUUACUAUAUAGCAGUGUAUUACAUACAUGAAGUUGGUCCCCCUAAAUGUUUGUACUAACUAAAAAUUUGUCAUUCAAUUGUUCUAUGUUUGUAUUGGAUUGUUCAAAAUUUUUGUACCAUGAUAUUUUAUUAGUUAGAUGCAAAUUUAAAUCCCAGACAAGACCAUAGAAAAAUUUAGGACUCAGAGGUAGAGGCCCCUUUGCCAUUAAUUUUUUGAACAAAUGACAUAUGUAAAAUGUUUAUCGACAGUCUUAAAUUUAAUAAAGAAUUAAACUGACAGUCCUUUAUCUGUCAGUAAUCAGGUAUUCGUCUAUGCAAGGAAUGGCCAGAUUAGCAGGAGUCUCCUGUAUAUUUUUUGUAAAGUUUUACCAUGUUAAUUUAAUGAAUUAGUUCCUAUAACAGAGAUAUUGAAAAAAAGUUAUCACGUAAUAAUUGCCGCGCUAAAUUGUUCGCUUCGUUUGUUAAAAACAGACACUGAAAUUACGAAAAUUUAAAAAGAAAAAAAUUGAAUUGAAAUAGUGAAUGAAAGAAUGGCUCCACCGCAAACCGCUUAUCAAGUGGAAAAUUUUGAUCCUUUUCCUAACGAAGAUUUAAUAUGUAGCAUUUGCGACUACGUUUUCUACGACCCAGUAGAAUGCCCGUGUCGUCACGUUUACUGCCGAAAUUGCAUUUGCGAUUGGUUGAGUUGUCAGAAUACCUGCCCCAUUUGCAGGAAAUCGGUUAUUUUAUACGAACUUCAAGCCGUAGGGCCUAUAAUCAAAAAUAUGAUAAUGAAGUUGACCAUUCGUUGUCCGAAUUCCGAACACGGUUGCAAGCAGAAUUUCGCCUUGGAGGAAUACGAUUCUCACUUAUCUAAUUGUGAUUAUGUAGUAGUAAAAUGCAAUAAAUGCCAAGAGGAAAUGGUAAUUAAAGAUAGAUUUAAACACGAGCAAUUAGAAUGCAAUUAUCGAUUAAUUCAAUGCAAAAAAUAUUGCUCUCUCAUGUUGCCCGCUAAUGUAAUGAAAUCUCACAAUUGCGCUGAAGAAUUGACAAAGGAAAUAGGAGAUAAGAAGAAAUUAAUUAACGAAUUAAAACAUAAUUUAAAAUAUUGUAAGAAACAAUUCAAUAAAGAUGCAACAUCGAGUCAAGUUGUUAACGAUAUUAGAGCGGGUAAAUCAUCUGCAGUUACUUUUAUUAAUAAAAUGAAGAAACUUCUAGUUGAUUUUUCAAGGCGUGUGCAUCGAAAAGAACAGGCGAAAGAAACCAAUAAUCGUCCCGAAAAUAUUGAUAAUUCGUGGGAAGGCAAUGGCAUCGAAUCAGAUUUAAUUAAUGCCAAUCGAUUGCAUUGCGCACCCAUAUUUCAUUGUUUCCGUGACGAAAUUUUUAACCCAUCGGAUUCGAGUGAAGCAGAAAUACGUAGCGUGAUGACGACAUUAGAUGAACCCGGUGAAUUUAUAAUACCAACACGCAGAAAUAUUGGUACCGAAUGUUCUUCUGGUCAUAAUGAAAAUAGUAUGGCAUCAACACCCAAUGUAUCAAUUACAGCGGACGAGAUGCAAGAACGGAAGAAAUUUCACUCGGGUGUAAAUAUUUCACACGAAAUGCAAAGGAUUAAACAUUUACCAAUUGUAAUGUUUACAAUUCCAAAUGUGAGAAUGUCAAAACAACGGAAAUUUUCUAAUUCUACAAAUGCAAUUGGNUGA